CUUGGUAUACACGUCUACCAAAUGCCUUCAUCACACAAACCGCAAUUCUAACAUAACCUUCGCCUCACACAUACAUACACAACAUCAACCAUAUUGCAGGAAGAGUAAACCAUAACUGAACAACCUGGUGGAAUCACACCCGAGUCGGGCAUGCUAUCUACGGGUUGGGCAUUUUGUCGAACAAGUAGAGCGCGAGGCGCGGAGUCGAGUAGUCGACAAAGGGCUGCAAACAACGACACACUGGUUCAAACAUUUUAUCGAGCAUGCUUAGCACGAGACGAUGAGGACAGCGAGGUGUUUGCCGGGUUCGACGAUGUCACGGCUGAGGCUGCACAGAUCGAGGACGCUGCUGCACGCGACGACACACGGCGAAGUCCCAGCUCAGACGUUUCUCCGAACACCAUCACAAAUGCCCAAACGUCGCCGCGGAGGAGCUCGGCGUGGAAUAAAGACGGCGACCCGAGCAACACGACCGCAGGCGAAGCCCUGCGCGCACGCGCAGAGGGAGACCGAGCGCACGCAGCGGAGUCCGGCAGUCUGCAGCCUGGGCGCGAUGGCGUCUGCGGCCAACGUCAGGGCGAGGCAGGCGGCUGGCGGACUUCACAGGGGUGGCAGACGGCACUUGAGGCUGGACCGACGGCGAGCACCAGAGAAAAGCGGGGACGACGACCAGGGAGCCGCGGCCGGACCUGAGGGAGAUGAGGGAGGUCGAGCGCAGCAGACGACCGACGUGGUGCAGGACGCUCGGCGCUAGAGAUGAACAGCGGUCGGAUGGUGUAGGAAGGGAUGGCGUGAGGGGGUACGACAGCUAGGGAAACUCGCCUGAGCGCGGCUCGCACGGGGAGAAGACAGGGUCGUCACUCGACGGCUUGAAGAGGAUAAGGACGACGACGAGUCGGCGAGACCUGGUGGUGCGGUGAGGGAGGAGCAGAGGGGGCGCGGCAGGCGAAUAGGAGACCAACGGCCGGUCCAGCGGCACCGGCGAGGUCCGAGCAGGACACCAUGGCGGCAGUCUUGGGUGCGAUGUGAAGGUGCAACGUCGGGGAAGACGGCGAGCAAGCGCAGCUGGCCGAGCUAGGAGAGGGCGGAGGCAUGGAUGGCCGGCGGUGGCCUACUGGAGAAGAUGGAUGGCCGGUGAUGGAAGAGCUGAAGAGCACGACGUUUGAAGAUAAGCCUGACAAUAGAUAAGAGUAGUACCGUUUGUUUGGAUUAUAAUAUACUUAAAUUAUACAAUCUAACUUAAACAAUCUAGCAGGCAAGAGUAUAUUUAUUUCAGCUUAUAAAUUAUAUAAUCUGAACUAUAAUAUAGAUUAUAUAAUCUAGAUUAUAAUCUACUAUAUGUACCUGU